ACAGAUGUCUGAACAAUUUGACACAUCCCGUGUAAUUGCAAUCCAAAUCCCAUCAAUAGAGGACUUGAAGACUCAUAGUGAAAUGGCUGCGAAAUAUUCAGGCCUGGAGCAUUGCAAAGAAAUGCUCCGUUUUAAAAAGGGUUGGUUUGAUUGGCUGAGCAGUCUAAUACCCUUUAGACGCAGCGUUGUCACUCUCCAAAACUGUUUGCAGGCAUUCUUCUGUGUCGAAGAACUGAAAUAUGAUAACAUUUACAGAUGUGAAAAAUGUGAUGAAGACCGUGAUGCGAUAACAUUUUCAAAAUGAUGCAGUUGCCCGAGGUACUGUGUAUUAACCUCAAGAGGUUCUUGCCGGGCUCAACAAAGAAUACUCAACAAGUUUCAUUCCCGAUCACUGAACUCGACAUGACACCUUAUGUUCAUUCUGACUGCCAGUCGGAAGUUAAAACAUACGACCUUAUGGCAACUAUUUGCCAUAAAGGCGACAGCUUGAAUAGUGGACAUUACAUCUGCUAUGCACUAAAUGACGCUGAAAAAAACUGGAUAGAAUAUGAUGACGAACGUGUGACAAAGGUCACAGAUGACAAGGUUGCUUCAUGUGAAGCAUACCUAUUGUUCUAUAGGAAACGUGACAGCCCAGCAACCCGAGAAAUGAGGGAGGGGGCCUUCAAAACUGCCGAUGAACAAGCUCCAACUAUGUAUGCGCUUUCCAAACUAUGGCUGAGCAAAUUUGAAAAUUUCGUCGAGCCCGGCGCAGUUGAGAACGGCGAUCUAUUUUGCUCGCAUGCCCCCUGCGUCUACAAGGACCAUGAAGAAAUGUCUGUACAAGUUACAGCAUCAUCAUGGCACACUAUUUUUCAAAAGUUUGGAGGUGGCCCCGUUUGCCCGCUGGAUUCUUUAGUGGAAUGCGAGAUGUGCGGAAAUAAAAUGAAAGACUAUCAGUCAGAGAGCAGCGAUUAUGAGUCUAGCUAUGAUAACUAUGAUUUCUAUGAUAGCACUGAAUUCACUGAUAGCACCAAAGGAGACUAGAACAAUAUUCUUAUUGAUCCUUGAAAAAGCUGAGUGACGCAAAUGCUUGCUGAAGAAGUCGCUGUCCGUGUGGUAAAUCUUGGCUUGUGAAAAAGGUGUUGAUUGAGAAGAAAUGAGCUGAAUUAUAAGAAACCCGACGAGUGACAUCUCUGCGCACCGAGAGCUUCUUCGUCUGGUGAAUUUGGUAUUAAUCAAUCUGUUUCAACAGAAUAGAAUUAAUUAAAUUUAAGAUUUUUGAUAUUUGAAAAAAGAGUUAUGUUUGAAAAAAAAUUAUUUGAUAUUUAAUAGAUCUGAAAAAAUAAUGUUUUAUAGUUUUUGUUCAAGUAGAAGAGUUCUUAACAGUAUUCAUUACAAAAUAUAAUUUAGAAAUAAGGAGCAAUACGAUUGAUCUAGUCUCAUAUGAUUAUUUAGAACGUAAUAGUGAAUAGUUGGUAUUCAAAAAAAUAUAUUUUCACAAACAUCAAAUUUAAUUUUUUGAAAAAUGAAUGUAUUUCAGUUCAGAAAAGUUUGUAGUUCUUCAUUAUCAACAAUUCUCCAAUGAUCAUCUCCUGUACUAUUAUCUGAUGAUACAUUUGGGAAUACAAUCACUUUGCAAUUCGUCUGGUGAGUUUGGUAUUAAUCAAUCUCUUUCAACGGAAUAGAAUUAAUUAAAUUUAAGAUUGUUGAUAUUUGAAAAAAAUUUAAUAUGAUAUUUAAUAAAUCUGAAAAUAUAAUUUUUAAUCGUUUUUGUUCAAGCAGAAAAGUUCUUAACAGUAUGCAUUACAAAAUAUAAUUUAGAAAUAUAGAGCAGUACGAUUUAUCUAGUCUUAUAUGAUUAUUUAGAACGUAAUAAUGAAUAGUUGGUAUUCAUAAAAAUAUAUUUUCACAAACUUCAAAUUUAAUUUUUUGAAAAAUGAAAGUAUUUAAGUUUAGAAAAGUUUUUAGUUCUUCAUUACCAACAAUUUUCCAAGGAUCAUUUCCUGUGCCAUUAUCUGAUGAUCCAUUUGGGAAUACAAUCACUUUGCAAUUCUCUUCUCUCUUCUACAGACAAGUUUGUCUGGUCAGUUUCACUGAGAUUAUAAAUAUGAAGGUUGAUAUUCAUAGUUUGAUUCUCUAAAUCAAUGCGAUCGAUUGAGAAUUUGUUAUAUAAUUACUAAUUAAUUCUAUAAGGGGUGUAUCAUCCUCGUCAAAUAAGUCAUAGUUAAUUUGAUUUAGACGUUUCUCGACCGGAACAGGGAUGGAUACUGUAGUUUCCUCAUUUUGAAUGUUCAUACUCAUUGCAAUCUAAAAAAAAAUAUUGAAAUUCACUCCAUUGUGUAACUUAUACUCAACAGUUGAGCUAAGCUCAGUAUAGCUAUGAGAUAGUUGAGCUAUCAUUAUCAUCUUUGAAAACACUAAACUAACGAAUAUUUUCCAAGUUCUUGUGAAACUGUUCAGACUUAUUAAAGAUUGAGGUUUUUUAUACGUUUUCUUUGAGAAGUCUUUAUAGUUUCACAAAACUUUGAAGAAAUCCGUGAAAUUAGUGUUUUCAACCUUUGGGACUUUCUAGUUCCCCCCUAAAAUUCUAAUAAAACUCAAUCUUUGAGAAGUCUGUACAGUUUCACAAAAACUUGGAAGAAAUCCGUGAAAUUAAUGUUUUCAACCUUUGGUUUCUAGUUUCCAUCUAAAAUUCUAAUAAAAUAUAUUUACUCAUAUUCAAUGAUUCCAUUGACAUUCAAUUGUUAAUUCGCAUAUUAAAAAUUUAUUUUCUGUGAAGUACAAAUAUAUGAUUGGGGGUUUCAAAUAAUGUCUAAUCCUGACUGUUAUUUUAUAAUUGCUUCGUUUGCUACAAACACAAACUGUGUUUGUAUGUUGUCUUGAUUUAGCAUAUUAUUUUGAUGUUCAGAUGUAUUCGUAUAUGUAUUGGUAUAGUUUUGUAUUAGUAUAUAAAGUUUAAAUGUACCGUAUAGUAUUUCUCAAUGCAAUAUAUAUUUUAAUAGAUGUUUAACUUAUGUUAAAUUAUAUAUUGUACCGUAUUUUGAACAUUAGUUAUCUAUAACAAUACCUCUGACUCUUGAAUCAGUUCGAAAAAUUAAUAAAUACGUCAAACUUCAGCUGUGAGAAUCCGCAGCCAAUAACAAUGAAAGAGAAUACUACUGCAGUCAACAAAAGUGCAAAAUAUGACGCACUGUAUUUUGAACAUUAGUUAUCUAUUCAAUGCUGCUGUGAUAAUAUGUGAAGCGAUAGCUCAUUGUUAGUUGUAAAGUAUAUUUUUCAAUUGGAAUAAAUCAAUCAUACUGAACAA